AACAUUCCAUCGCACCGCCCCGCCUCGAUCGAUUCCCGGCCAGCCCGCCUCUCGGUCUUUAACCAACUCGCGUACUCUGAGAUCCCCGAAAGCGACGGCCGGCCCACCUACCGCUACGGCCUCGCCGCCUCGCUUUCUUCAGCGGAGACUUCACGGAGAGCUGGCGGAUCCCGGCAAUUUUAUACUCGGUCCAGUUCUACCCAGCCCGGCGUCCAAUCGGUCGACCUCUCGCGAUCCCCAUCGAGUUCCUGGCGCGCGAUAGGAUGGUUUCAACGCUUCUUGCGCUGCUGCUUCCGUAAGUCAUAAGCGACGCCGCGCCGGCGGCGACUGGAUUCGAUUCCCGGUGGUCCGGCGGCGCGCGGCUCCGGUUGCCGAUGGCAUUGAAGCUGCAGCUGCUGGCGGCGGCGGUGGUGGCCGUCGCGGCGAGCUGCCGGCCGGGCCUCGCGGACCCCGCGGUGGGCGCGCUGCCGGGGCUCCCGGUCGCCGGGCUCGCCAUCGGGUUCUACAACGAGUCGUGCCCGGGGGUGGAGGACCUGGUGCUCGCCGAGAUGCGCGCCAUCGUCGAGAAGGACCGGACCCUCGGGCCGGCGCUGCUGCGGUUCAUGUUCCACGACUGCCUCGUCAGGGGGUGCGACGCGUCCAUCAUGCUCGAAUCGCGGAGCAACAAGGGGGAGCAGGACUCCGACGCGAGCUACGGCCUCCGCGGCUACGACGAGAUCGAGCAGAUCAAGGCCAAGGUGGAGGCGGCGUGCCCGCUCACCGUGUCGUGCGCCGACAUCAUCAUCUUGGCCGCCCGGGACGCCGUGUACCUGAGCAACGGGCCGCGCUACGCCGUCGAGACCGGGCGCCGGGACGGCACGGUUUCCGCCAAGUUCGACGCCGACAACGACCUCCCGCCCCCCUUCUCCAACAUCGUCGACCUCAAGACCUACUUCAGCGUCAAGGGCUUGGGCUGGAAGGACCUCGUCGUCCUAUCAGGGAGCCACACGAUCGGCAGCGCGCAGUGCUCGACGUUCGCGUCGUCCCGGCUCUACAACUUCAGCGGGAAGGGGGUGCAGGACCCGUCGCUGGACAAGGCGUACGCGGCGUGCCUGCGGGAGGCGUGCGAGCCGGGACUCGAGGACGACGCGACCGCGGUGGCGCUGGACCCGACCAGCCCCUACGAGUUCGACCUGAGCUACUACCGCCGCGUGCGCGGCGACAAGGGGCUCCUCCUCUCGGACCAGGCGCUCAUGGACGACCGGUGGACCCGGGGGUACGUGGAGCGGAUGGCCGCCGCGGCGUCGCCCGACGAGUUCUUCGCCGACUACGCGGCCGCCAUGACCAACAUGGGCCGCCUCGAGGUGCUCACGGGCGACAGCGGGGAGAUCAGGGAGACCUGCGCCGCGUACGUUGACUAGAAGCCAAGCCAAGGCAAGAGCGGCGAUUUGGGGUUGGUUGGUGUGGUGGAUCCGAUCGGCUCGUGGCGGCGGCAGCGUGGGAGCCAACCACAACCAGGAUGCACUUGCCGUAUCCUAUUUGGGGUGGCUGGAGGAUUGACUUCGCCGUGAGGCUGGACUGGAUGCAUUAUUCCUUGCCGCCGAAAAAGAAGUUCGAUUGUACUACUAGCUAGGAUGUAAGGGAAAAAAAAGUCACCUGUUUUGUUCUUCAACUUGAUCCUCCAUUAUUUGGUGAGGUGUCUGAAGACUUGUUCUCGUUCGCGCGAUGGCCAAUUGGCCACUGACCAGGUAAUAUGACAGCUGAGCUGACGUUGCUUUUGUUC